GCUAUCGACGCUAUCUGUAGCAAUGACAUUGUACCAAACACUAGAGAAGUCAGUACGCCGAGUGGCUUAUACUAUGUUAGUUCACAUGCUUUGAGGUGUCAGGAAGCUUGACAUUAUCGUCAGUAUGUCGUCCUCCACUACAGGUUUCCCGGGCGAGCGGCAGCACCAACCGGCGCAGACGCCGCUGAACAUUGACUACAUCCCCACAGAAGAAGAGAGGAGAGUGUUGAGAGAGUGCAACCAGGAGAGCUUUUUUUACAGGUCGGUGCCCUUCUCUGUGAUCAGCAUGGCUAUCACCCAAGCCCUAGUGGCCAGAGGGGCUUUGUCUGCAUCUCCAAGAUUUGGAUCUUUACCCAAAGUUGCCUUUGCUGGUUUCUGUGGCUACCUGGCUGGAAAACUGUCAUAUAUGAAAACAUGUCAGGAAAAAUUCAAGAGGCUGGAGAACUCACCUCUUGGAGAGAUUAUCAGACAGAAGUCAGGCCUGCCUCCACUGAAAUCCCAGGGUCCUCAGUCAGAGUUAGGUGACCCAGACUCUCAGUCUUUUGAACCCAUAUUCCAGCCUGCAGAAGCCUCGAGCCACACCUACAGCAAAGAUUAUGGAUAUGGCUACAGUCCAGACCCACCAGCACAAAUGGACAGAGGAGAUGACUUUAGUGCUCCAGUUCAGUCAUAUGUGGAAGAGGAGGAGCCCAAGAGGAAGUCUAUCCUCUAUGAGGACCUGAGGCUCAAAAACAGAGAGAACUAUGAGGUCACACUCACUCAGAAAGCUGACGCAUUGCUCAAAACACCACCUGCAAAAGAGCCAGAAAGACCCAAGAAAGAUGUGAAGAAGAACAUCUAUGGAGACGCUUGGGAGGAAUGAGUCCUUUGGUGAAAAUAAGAUGCGAUCAGUAUUCGAGUGUCACUGAUUGUACAGGACACGGGCUUUUCAGUGGUUACUUUUCAUGAUGUACAAGAUUAUGAUAAUUUUGUCUUUUAAGUAUUAAUAAAACCAAACAGUUUCA